GUUGCAGGUAGAAACUGAGUAAACGAAGCGAUAAAAGAAUGUUUAGCUAUCGUUUGUCAUUUUAUCCUUUUAGGAACAAUACCGAAGGAAGUAACUUUUAUUACUGUAAGUUUUUGAAUGAAUAUACAUCCGUAAGUAAAUACAAAAGUCCAUGAAUGAUAUUUGGAACAUUAUAUACGCCAAUUUUCCUAAAUCAUUCUCUCAGUCUCUUACUUAGUUUCCCGACUGGUUUAACAAAUUUUAAUCAAAAUGUUAGAAACUUUAGCAGUAAUAUUCAUAGUUUUCAUCAGCACUCAAGCUAGAAUGAUUAGUCAUAGUGAAAGUGAACUACAGCAUUGUUACAAAUUUUCUUCGAAAUUUGCAGAAACUCAUGUGUGCGAACAAAGGGAUCUAGCAGUUGAAUGCAUGCAAAUUGAAACGCCAAUUGUAACAGAUUCUCUCUAUGAUUGUUAUAAGCAGCUGAACAUAGAUCCAUUUGACUUAAAGAAAGGCUUAGAUGAUAUUUGCUCCUCUGAAGAAUUAAUAAAAGAAGCCUCAGAAUGUUUAUGUAACAGCCUUUCAAAGGGAGUGGGAGAUUAUGAAGCUGACCUUGAAGAUUCAGAAUCUAAGGAAUACAACAAUGAAGAAAAUGAAAAUAUUGAUCAACAACCAUACAACUCUACAAUAGUGCAUUGUUUGAACUACAUGGACUACAUUUCAAGAAAGCUUCCUUACAUAUAUUAAAAAAUAAAAACCUUCAAUGUGUUACAGAAGUUGCAAUUUUUGUGUUAGAGAAAGUCUCAUAAAUAUUUUAAUAAUGCAUUAAAGUUUUUUAAAAUUUGUCUUGCAA